GACCCGCUCAAUAGAGCAAGAGCAACAACGGAACACACACACACACACACACACACACACACACACACACUCACUGUGUGACAGAACAACAUACACUGUCUGAUGGCGUCUGUGAGUUUAUUUUGCGCUUUCAGGCGGUUUGUGAGCAGAACUGUGAAGAUGAGGAGAAUCCACGAGCGCUUUUGGACUCAUCGAAUCAGAACUUCAGGCGGAAAAGCUUCAUUGUUUUUCACGAUGACUCCUCUGUCAUAUCUUAUCUAUGAGAGAAUCAAUAAUUUCACAACAGUCUGUGCGCUUGAUACAGCUGAAGAUGUUUUGGAACAUUCCGACUAUCUGUACAGCUCUGGAGAGACACAGAAACUCCACCAACUGCUGGUACAGUAUAAAGACAGUGAUGAUGCAGAGUUUCUGUGGCGUUUGGCUCGAGCAUCUCGUGAUCUCUCUUUACUGUCCAGCAUCACAACCGAAGACAAGAAACGACUGACAUACGAGGCCUUCGACUUCGCCAAGAGAGCGCUGGAGAAAAAUGAAUCUUCAUUUGCUGCUCACAAAUGGUACGCCAUUUGUCUCAGUGAUAUUGGCGAUUAUGAAGGGGUCAAAGUGAAAAUAGGAAAUUCCUACAUCAUUAAAGAUCAUCUGCAGCGAGCAAUUGAAUUCAAUCCAAAAGAUGCAACUUCUGUCCAUAUUCUGGGUUACUGGUGUUUUGCUUUCGCUGAAUUACCCUGGUACCAACGCAAAGUUGCAGCUGUUAUUUUUGCAUCACCUCCGACGGCGACUUAUGAAGAGGCGUUGGCAUAUUUCCUGAAAGCUGAAGAAGUCGAGCCAAAUUUCUACAGUAAGAACCUGCUGAUGUUGGGCAAGACGUACAUGAUGUUGAGCGACCGCGAGCGGGCCGUGAUGUGGCUCAAUAAAGCGCAUGAUUAUCCUGCAGUCACGGAAGAAGACAAACAGGUACAUAAAGAUGCUUCGGAUCUUCUGAAGAAACUCAACGCAUGACGACGCAUUAAUGCUGUUUCUCUUCACAUUCUCUUUACAGAUGAUUUACUGUUCAUCAUGUUUAAUUAACUAUCAUACUUCAAAUCUAAACAAAUACUUUGUGUUGAAGUGAUUGUUUCAGAUUUCCAUAUUUAAUGAAAAAGCAGAAUGUGAUUAUUGUACAAGAGGAACGACCCUCGAUGAGAUCAGACGAGUCCACAGAUCAAACAGAGACUUUGGACCGACUGAAAGAUUAAAGAGUGUUUAUUGUAUCCAGAGAUCUUUGACCUGAAAACGACAAGAAUAUUUUCUCAUUUCAUUAUUCUGGAGAUCCUUGAAAGGUGAAAUAUUUGGUUUACUCUGGAAUUAACAGUAAUUAUGAGUCAUUGUUUUUGUGGCAUUAGAUAAUUAAUAAAUCAUUGUUGAAAUGUUUUAGCAGUGCUUUCAGAUAUCUUUACAUCUGUUAAAUAUAUUAUAAACUGAAUAUUUAUUUGUGCAAAUGAAAUUCAGAUAAACAAUUGAAUUGUUUAAAUCUGUUUAAAAUCAAUAGUAGUUACAAAUAAUCCACACACAUAUAACCUUAAAAUCUUCAUAAAGGUCUUCAGCAGUGUCGUGUUGGA